GCAAAUUCCAACUGAGGCGGAUCUAACGGUUCUGUAAACAAAACAAACCUUAAAAACACCCACUCUCUUUAAUCUUUGUGGCCUUUUUUGUCCCAUUUUCUUGAGGAAUCUCCGAGUGGAAUCACAAAUAACAACCCCACUCACUUCUCUCCCAAUUACCCACCAAUUAUAAAUGGUUUAGCUUGCCUAACCCACCCGUCACAUCACCUCCACUUCUCUUCUCUUGCUCUUCUCUUCUCUUCUCUUCUCUUCUCUUUCCAUGGCUGAAUUAUGCUUCCCUUGUCUAUUUCCCAGUCCCCACAACUCAGCCCACUUGAUUACUUUCAAACAUCAUUCCCAUGGCGUUCAGUUGAAAAGAAUCAUACCCAGAAGCCAAAAACGCAGAAUUUCCUCACUUGGAACUCCAGAAAGCAAGUUGCUUCAUGUGGGUCCCUUGGAAAGUUCAAAUCCAAGACAAAAAAAUUGCAAGUUCAUUGUGAGGUCGUCAAGUUCAGUGCUGAAUUUGGAUAAAGCUGUGGAGAGAGGAGGAGGAGAGAAAUGCUAUUAUGAUGCCAUUAUUAUUGGGUCGGGAAUAGGGGGAUUGGUGGCUGCAACACAGCUGGCAGUGAAGGGUGCUAAGGUUUUGGCUUUGGAGAAGUAUGUGAUUCCUGGUGGGAGCUCUGGUUAUUAUGAGAGAAAUGGCUAUACUUUUGAUGUUGGCUCUUCUGUCAUGUUUGGUUUCAGUGAUAAGGGUAAUCUAAAUUUGAUAACCCAAGCACUGGAAGCAGUUGGUUGUGAGAUGCCAGUGAUACCUGAUCCAACAACAGUCCAUUUCAAUCUGCCAAACAACCUAUCCGUGCGAGUGCAUAAAGAGUACAGCCAAUUCAUUGCCGAACUUACUAGUAAAUUUCCCCAUGAAAAGGAAGGCAUUCUUAAAUUCUACAGUGAAUGUUGGAAGAUUUUCAAUUCCUUGAACUCGUUGGAGCUGAAAUCACUUGAGGAGCCAAUCUACCUUUUCGGGCAGUUCUUCAAGAAGCCUCUCGAGUGCUUGACACUUGCCUACUAUUUGCCUCAAAAUGCCGGAGACAUAGCUCGAAAGUACAUUAAAGAUCCUCAGUUGUUGUCUUUCAUAGACGCAGAGUGUUUUAUUGUGAGUACGGUCAAUGCUCUGCAGACGCCAAUGAUAAAUGCCGGCAUGGUCCUGUGUGAUAGGCAUUAUGGUGGAAUUAACUACCCGGUUGGCGGCGUUGGUGGAAUAGCAAAGUCUUUAGCAAAAGGCCUUGUUGAGCAGGGAAGUGAGAUACUUUACAAGGCAAAUGUGACUAACAUUAUAAUUGACCAAGGCAGAGCUGUAGGAGUGAGGCUCUCAGAUGGGAGGGAGUUCUUUGCCAAAACCAUAAUAUCAAAUGCUACUAGAUGGGAUACCUUUGGAAAGCUGUUGAAAGGAAAUGACCUACCAAAAGAAGAAGAAAAUUUUCAGAAAGCUUAUGUGAAGGCCCCAUCAUUUCUUUCCAUUCACAUGGGAGUUAAAGCUGAGGUUCUGCCACCAGAUACGGAUUGCCAUCAUUUUGUUCUUGAGAGUGACUGGAAAAGACUAGAGGAGCCAUAUGGAAGCAUAUUUUUAAGCAUUCCUACAGUUCUCGACUCGUCACUGGCUCCACAAGGACGCCAUAUUCUUCACAUAUUUACAACAUCUUCCAUAGAGGACUGGGAGGGACUUUCUCGAAAGGAAUAUGAGGAAAAGAAGGAGCUUGUGGCAAAUGAAAUUAUUAGCAGAUUGGAGAAGAAACUAUUUCCAGGACUGCUAUCAUCCAUCGAUUUUAAGGAGGUGGGGACACCAAAGACACACAGGCGGUACCUGGCUCGUGACAAGGGAACUUAUGGACCAAUGCCGCGUGGAACUCCUAAAGGCUUGUUGGGAAUGCCUUUCAAUACAACAGCCAUAGAUGGUCUGUACUGUGUUGGUGAUAGCUGCUUCCCGGGACAAGGUGUUAUAGCUGUAGCGUUCUCAGGAGUAAUGUGUGCUCACCGCGUGGCUGCUGAUCUUGGGCUCGAGAAGAAGUCUCCAUUAUUGGACACUGUCCUCCUUCGGACUCUUGGUUGGUUGAGGACAUUAGCUUGAAGAAGCAUUCAGGAAAUACAAAAAUAUAAUAUUGUACAUGAAAAAGCAUAGAUUUCUUGCAAAGUGAAACAUAGUGGGUUCCAGUACUUUAAUGUGAUCUCUCCAUU